CCCCCAAGGCUGAGCUGAGUAGAGGAGGAGCUUCGGGUUUCAGCCAAGUCCUACAUUCAGAGGCCAGCAGCUGCGGGGAGAGGAGCAGGGAGACAGAAAAAGAGAGCGUGGGGAAGAGGAGAAAGCAAGGAGAAGAGGGCAGCUGCCUGGGGAAGGGAAGGGAAGGGAAGGGAAGAGGGGAAGGCAAAAGGAGGCAGAAACAGUCUUGGGUCAAAAGAGGAAGACCAAGGAGUAGACAGGCUACAAAAUGUCAUUGCUCAUGUGGCUGGGGUCCCAGCUGUCAUCCUGCUGGAGCAACAUCUCUAUACUGGUAGUUUUUCUUACAGUCUUUACUUUAGUUCUUGAUUUCAUGAAGCGCAGGAAGAAGUGGAGCCAUUACCCGCCGGGCCCAGUGUCACUGCCGUUCAUUGGGACCAUGCUGUACAUCAACUUCCACAACCCCCACUUCUCCUUCAACCAGCUUCACAAGAAGUUUGGAAACAUCUUCAGUCUACAGAACUGCUGGACCAACCUGGUAGUACUGAACGGGUAUAAAACAGUGAAGGAAGCUCUGGUCCACAAAUCAGAGGACUUUGCUGACCGGCCGUACUUUCCAGUAUAUGAACAUCUGGGCUAUGGAAAUAAAUGUGAAGGGAUUGUUGUAGCAAGAUACGGGCACAUCUGGAAGGAGCUAAGGAAAUUCACGCUCUCUACCUUGAGGAACUUUGGGAUGGGAAAGAAAUCCUUGGAGGAGCGAGUGACGGAGGAAGCUGGAUUUCUGUGCUCUGCAGUCAAUUCUGAAGAAGGUCGUCCUUUCGAUUUACGUUUUCUGGUAAAUAAUGCAGUCUGCAACGUGAUCUGCAUCAUCAUCUAUGGAGAGCGUUUCAACUACGGUGAUGAGACAUUCAAGAAGCUGUUACAUUUGUUUGAAAACUCCAUGAAUGAAGAAGCUGGAUUCCUGCCUCAGCUUCUUAAUGUGGUGCCUAUUUUGUUGCACAUCCCUGGAGUGCCACAGAAAGCCUUUCGAGGGCAAAAGGCAUUCAUGGACUUCAUAGACGUGCUCAUAGAUAAGCACAUGGAGACCUGGAACCCUGCUUACAUCCGAGACUUCACUGAUGCGUUUUUAAAGGAAAUGGAGAAGGGUAAGGAGGCUGAAGAGAGCGGUUUCAACUAUAACAACCUUCGUCUGGUGACCGCAGACUUGUUUGCAGCUGGUUCUGAGACCACCUCCACCACUCUCCGGUGGGCAUUGCUGUACAUGCUUCUCCACCCGGAAAUACAGAGUAAGGUCCAAGCAGAGAUCGAUAAGGUGAUUGGCAGAGAGAGAUCACCCACCAUGAAGGACCAAGUGAGCAUGCCCUACACCAAUGCUGUGAUCCAUGAAGUGCAACGCUACGGGGAUAUCGUUCCUGUUGGAUUACCUCACAUGACAUACCGGGACACUGAGUUGCAAGGUUUCUUCAUUCCCAAGGGGACGACGAUCAUCACCAACUUGUCUUCCGUGCUGAAGGAUGAGACAGUCUGGGAGAAGCCAAACGAGUUUUACCCUGAACACUUCCUGGAUGCAAAUGGACAGUUUGUGAAACCAGAGGCCUUCCUGCCUUUCUCAGCAGGUCGCCGUGCCUGCCUCGGGGAACAGCUGGCCAGGAUGGAGCUCUUUAUUUUCUUUACCACUCUCCUGCAGAAAUUCACCUUUGUGCUCCCUGAGGACCAGCCCAGGCCACGGGAGGAUGGUCACUUUGCCCUCACGAGUUCCCCACACCCAUACCAAGUGAGAGCUGUCCCAAGAUAAGUACACACCACUCUCCUUGCUCUCGAAGACAACUGCCGAUGCAAACUCUGACAGAAAUGUUGCAGGUCUAGGCAGGAUCAUGCUGAGUUCCACUCAAGACCUCUCAAGUUUGUGCAGAUGUUCCCAGCUGUGUAAAGUAAGGAUCUGGCCCAAUAUACAGUUUAGCUUAAUUCCAGUUCUGGAUCUUGAAUCAGCCAGCCAUAGCAAGUCAUGAGCGAUGAUCAAGUUUGCAAGUACAUAUAUGCCUAAUCAGCCAGCUCUGCUGUACUUCAGGCUCUCAUCAGUUGCAGAAACAGUUCACUGAGCACGCAGCUACUGAAAGAAUUAUUAGUCCUGAAUUAGUUUACUGAAACACAAGGGCAUCCUGGGUAAAAGACAACCCUGGAGUCUUGCCAAUUCUAGGAGCAAAAAAACUUGGAAAAAAUCUGUAAGGUACUCCUGGCCCACUCCCUUCCUUAGCCCCACUGCAUACCCAGCCACGCUCUGCCUCCUGGGUGGUGCCGUCCCACAGCAGCGUGUGCCUCUGCCUGCUGCUCAGGGGAGCUCAGCUCUGGCUUGGUUCCUGCAAAAACAAUCCGCGGCCCAUCAGCUGAUUUGGCACGGGCUGCUGGUGGGCAGGGAGGGAGCUUCAGCUCCGACAACAAGGUGACAUUUAAAUGCAGUUUCAGAGCAGCACUCCUGAAAAAUCUUACGUAUCCCCAGCAUUCCUUCCUGCUGAUUGCAUGCUCCUGUCUAUUGCGCACACGUGGCAUUGCCUUCAUUUAUAGCCCAAAAGAAAGUAAGUUUUAAUCCAGAGAAAUGCCUGACGACCCUUAUGUCACACUAUGCCGCCAGUAAAUACCAAGAAAGGAGUACAUAAAUAAUCUGUAUGGUGUUUCAGCCAGGUCAUUUGUGAAAUACAGUAAUUCCUAUAAGUGUAUUUUAAUAGGAAUCCCGGUGUCUAGAUUUACCAUUUCCUAUCUAAAUUGUUCCUGAAAACUACUUUUUUUCAGCAUUACAUAAAGUCGGCUCUCAGGCAGGUUUGGAACUCGCAAAGGAAUGGAGUGACGCUGUUUGAAACAGCACAGCUGUAGAUCUCAGAGCUACCUUUCUCUUUCUUCCUGCAAUAUUCCUGACAAACUGUUUUGCAAGGUGUUAAGAUAUGUUGAUGUUUAGAUCAGUAGUAACUACCUUGUAACCACAUGGCUGAAAAGAACACAGCAUAAAGGAGCUUCUAUGCAUAAUCACAACUAAGAAAAAAUUCUCUGAAACAGUGCACACAUUCAUAUAUAAUAGUAAUUUUGGAAGCUAUGUAAGCUCUUGAAUUAUGCAAGCUCUUGAAUUAUGCAAAUACUUAUUAAUACCAUUGUUAAGAUUUUUACUUCAUCAGGAAGUGCACAUUUAUGCUUUUCAUCUACAAAAUAAUCUGAAAGAAUAAGUGAUACGAAAAGUCUUCUUUCUCACCCCUCCUCUUUGUGCUUGUCUCGCAGACCUGCCUCAGAUACUCACUUGACAAUUCUCUCCUCAGCCAGCACCCCGUUUCUUUCAAGAUCUUUUCAGUGUUACUUUUCUGGUUGGUUUGAUGACAUUGAACUGAACAUGCCUGGGUUUAUAGUUACCAGCACACACAUAAGUGGUUUUAAGAAGAAGAUGUCAGUGAACUAAACUUUAAACAGAAAUGAUUCCUGCAAUCACAUAUUUGGAUACAAAGCGUGGGUAUACCUGGAGCAGGGACAGUCUUUCUAGCAUGCAAGAACGCACUGAAGGAAAGUCAAUCUGCGCGUGCAAACGUCAGCUGGCGUAGCACUUCGGAGGUAAAAGGGAACCAAUAGAUCACUGCAAAAUACACAUCUAGCAGUGAUAAUGGGGAAGGGGAAAGCAUCUCCAAGCCAAAACUGGCCGUAAAAGCCAACCAGCUGGUGUUGGGAGCUGGGGUCGGGCGCUGUCACAGCACGGGUAGGAGGAGGGGGCCACUGUGAGCAUGGGGCCUUUGCUGGGAAGCGCCCUGCUGCCUCCUGUCACCCACCGCCUCGGGGUCUGCGCCUGAAGGUGACUCCCGGGCCGCAGGGACGGGGCGGGGGCUCACCAGGGCCCUGCGGCAGCCCCGGCGCAUCCCCCGCUGGCGGUCCCCUCCUCCAGAGAGGCCGUCAUCAGGCCGCGGCACCUUGAAGGCCACGCCUCGGUGAGCCUUGCGACACUAAACCCGCCCCUCCUCGUACCGACCCCGUACUCCCAUCCCCUCGGCCGGCUUUCCCUUCGCCUCCCGCCCUCCACCGGGCCGCCCGGCUCCCCGGGCCUGGCCCCGCCUGCCCGCGCAGGCCGUGAGGGGCGGUGCGGGCCCAACCGCCCCGGGAGGCGGGUCACAUCACGGCCCCGCCUACCCGCUCGCUUCCUCCUCCCCGCAGCCAGCGGUGAUUGGCGCUUCCCUCGACCAGUCAGGU